UUGACGAACUACAGAGCAUAUCCCCGUCAGCGAUACACCUAAUCUCAGCACCAGGUCGCUGUCCACUGACAUCGAGAAAGGUAAAGAUGUCUCAGGUGAAGCAGGUCGGCCUGCUGGCUGCUGGAUGUCAGCCCUGGAACAAAGAUGUGUGUGCUGCCAGUGGGGACAGGUUUGCGUAUUGUGCAACGCUCGCCAUAUAUGUGUACCAACUUGAUCACAGAUAUAAUGAGUUUAAACUGCGAGCGAUCAUGUCCGAACACAAGAAGACCAUCACGGCCAUAUCGUGGUGUCCACACAAUCCUGAUGUGUUUGCCAGUGCCAGCGCAGAUAAUCUGCUCAUCAUCUGGAAUGUGGCUGAACAGAAGGCUGUUGCACGCCUGGAUAACACUAAAGGUAUUCCUGCCUCUCUAAGCUGGUGCUGGAAUUCGGGUGACAGCGUUGCGUUCGUAUCCCAUCGGGGUCCUCUGUACAUUUGGACCAUCUCUGAGCCUGACUCAGGGGUCGCAGUGCACAAGGAGGCCCACAGUUUCCUUUCGGACAUCUGCUUGUUCCGCUGGCAUCCACUGAAGAAGGGAAAAGUGGUGUUCGGACACACUGAUGGGAGUCUGUCUAUCUUUCAACCAGGCACAAAAAAUCAAAAGCACGUGCUGCGGCCCGAAUCCUUAGAGGGUACAGAUGAAGAAGACCCUGUCACAGCUCUAGAGUGGGACCCCCUUAGCACAGACUACCUGUUAGUGGCCAACAUGCACAAUGGCAUCAGACUGCUGGACUCUGAGUCUUUAUCCUGCAUCACUACAUUUAGUUUCCCCAGCGCUGCUGCUUCUGUACAGUGCCUGGCCUGGGUGCCCAGCGCCCCUGGCAUGUUUAUCACAGGGGACUCUCAAGUCGGCGUGUUGAGAAUAUGGAACGUAUCGAGAGCGACACCUCUAGACAACUUCAAGCUGAAGAAAACCGGCUUCCAUGCGCUUCAUGUACUAAACUCCCCGCCGGCAAAAAAAUCAUUUAGCUCCAAUUCUCCUUCCAAGAAUCACUACACCUCCUCCACCAGUGAGGCUGUGCCUCCACCUACUCUUUCACAGAACCAGGCCUUCUCCCUCCCUCCCGGCCACGCUGUAUGCUGUUUCAUGGAUGGCGGGGUGGGAUUGUAUGACAUGGGCGCCCAAAAAUGGGACUUCCUGCGUGAUCUGGGUCAUGUUGAAACCAUCUUUGACUGCAAGUUCAAGCCAGAUGACCCAAACCUUCUAGCUACAGCUUCAUUUGAUGGGACAAUAAAGGUGUGGGACAUUAACACUUUAACGGCUGUAUACACAUCACCUGGCAAUGAGGGAGUGGUUUAUUCACUGUCCUGGGCCCCUGGAGACUUGAACUGCAUAGCAGGAGCCACGUCCAGGAAUGGUGCCUUUAUUUGGGAUGUGAAGAAGGGGAAAAUGAUCACAAGAUUUAAUGAGCAUGGGAAGAAUGGUAUUUUUUGUGUCGCUUGGAGCCACAAAGAUUCCAAAAGAAUAGCCACAUGCAGUGGAGACGGAUUUUGCAUAAUUCGAACCAUUGAUGGGAAAGUCUUGCACAAAUACAAACAUCCAGCCGCAGUAUUUGGUUGUGACUGGAGUCAAAAUAACAAAGAUAUGAUUGCCACUGGGUGUGAAGAUAAGAAUGUCAGAGUCUAUUAUUUGGCCACAAGCUCAGACCAGCCACUAAAAGUCUUUCCAGGUCACACGGCCAAAGUUUUCCAUGUGCGAUGGUCGCCCCUCAGAGAGGGCAUACUCUGCAGUGGAUCAGAUGAUGGAACUGUGAGGAUUUGGGACUAUACCCAAGACGCCUGCAUUAAUGUGCUUAGUGGCCACACGGCUCCGGUUCGAGGUCUGAUGUGGAACACAGAGGUCCCGUACCUUUUGACGUCAGGAAGCUGGGACUACACCAUUCGUGUAUGGGACACCAGAGAUGGCACCUGUCUAGACAGUGUAUAUGACCAUGGAGCCGAUGUCUAUGGUCUGACAUGUCACCCCAGUUGUCCGUUCACCAUGGCUUCCUGCUCCAGAGACUCAACUGUCAGACUGUGGUCACUCACUCCUCUAAUUGCUCCCUUAGUGGUCAAUAUCCUUACCGACCACAGUUGGGAUGACAUCAUUGGCAACACUGAUCGUGCCAUGGUACCCGGGGCUCCUCCCCUCUUAUGUGGAAAGGUUUCCAGAGAUAUCAAACAGGAGCUGGAUAAACUCUCCAGUGAUGUUCGCAUGAAGAAGCUGAAAUGGUUCUCUGAAUGUUUCUCUCCGCCAGGUGGGAGUCAUAACCUGUGGGACCUGGUCGCUGUGAUCAACGGCCAAGAUGAUAGUCUCCUCCCACAGAACUAUGGGCAAGGCAUUAUGCAUAUGAAACACCUGGUCCGCUUUAAAACCUCUGAAGCACAAGAGCUGACUAUAGUUAAGAUGUCAAAGUUUGGAGGUGGUAUUGGAGCACCCAGUAAAGAGGAGAGGUUAAAGAAUGCAGCCGAAAUUCAUAUAAGAUUGGGUCAAAUCCAGAGAUACUGCGAGCUUAUGGUGGAACUGGGAGAGUGGGAAAAAGCUCUUUCUGUGGCUCCUGGCGUAUCCAUGAAAUACUGGAAAAAGCUCAUGCAAAGGAGAGCAGACCAGCUCAUGCAGGAAGGCAAUGACGAUGUCAUCCCCUUCUGCAUCGCCACUGGUGAGGUGAAAAAACUGGUGAAUUUCUUCACGUCUAGAGGUCAGCUGAAAGAAGCAGUACUAGUGGCUCAGGGUGCUUGUGAGGGUAACAUUCACGGACCUCUGAAUUCUUCAAUGAACCAUGCUGCGAACUCCGACAAUGACAACAUAGAGAAAUACUGCGGCCUGUUGCAUAGAGUGUGUAAAGAGCUGGCAGAGUGGUAUUUCCAAGAUGGCCACGCUGUGUUGGCAGCCUGCUGUCACCUGGCUGUAGACAACUCUGAACUGGCGAUGGCCUCUCUGAUCAGAGGCAAUGAGUUGGAACUAGCAGUGUGUGUGGGCACAGUCCUGGGAGAGUCGGCCAGUAAAGCCACCCACUAUGUUCUUGAGCUCCUGGCCAGGAAGUACAUGACCACAGCCACAUGCUUUCCAUCUGUGGCAUGCAGGGAUCUUGCUGCCAGAUUACUUCAGAUGAUCCCUGAUAAUGAGAUCCUGUUAGCCAAAUUAUGUGCCUAUUACCCUGGCAGCUCAGCUGAAAUCAACGAUCUGCACGAAAAGUGUGGUCUACCAACUUUAGAAGAAUGUAAAGAAUUUGCUGAGAAUGCACAUGCUGAAGGGGAAAUCUUUCAAGCAGUGAAGUAUUACCUCUUGAGUCCAGAACCAGAAAAGGCUCUUCCCAUUGGGAUCUCAUAUGUCAAAGAGCAGCUGAGCGCUCCUGAUUGGGCUGUGGACUCAGUAUACCACAUCCUAGACCUGCUGAGCUAUAUCAGAACAGACCGUCUCAUUCUUUCAAAGUGUAGUGAAGAGCGGAACGAGUUGCUCAUUCUCUGUGGGUAUAUUGGUGCACUGUUAGCCAUUGGGAGACAGUAUUCAAGUAUAGUGCCAGCAUUGUAUGAAUACACAAGUCAGCUGCUGAAGAGGCGGGAGGUGGCUGUGCCUUUACCGAUAGAGCAGUUGUCCGGAGAGCUGGAAGCCUGGAGAGUGUGCACUCAAUCUUUCAAAGCUCCAGAUGAAAGUUUAUACGCCUCACCAUCUGAGGCCCAGAAGCUGGAGUACAGCCAGCUGUUGAGUCGGAUGAGAGAGGAGCCCAUCAAGGGUCUAGAGGGUCCUGACUAUGUCACUGGCUCCAACUUGCCUAGCCACUCUGAUGUCCAGAUUUCCUGCUUCACUGGCCUCAGGAUACAGGGUCCUGUGUUCUUCCUGGAGGAUGGCAAAUCAGCCAUUUCUCUAAAUGAUGCCCUGAUGUGGGCGAAGGUGAACCCUUUCUCUCCGCUGGGGACGGGUAUACGCCUCAACCCCUUCUGAACAGAAAUGAAUGUGAACAGUAUUCUCUCUGGUGCGGAUCUGGAAAUUUAGCAUCAGGUAGCAGAACAACAUUCUCAUUGUCUAACAGAAGCUUGUUGUGGUGGAACAACAGAAGGUCGUAAAUUGUUGGAAGCAACAAUUUUAAGGCUUGAUCCAUGAGGCCAUGAUCCUUCACCUCAGUGUAAUUCAUGAUAUGCUUUUUACAGUGAGACUAGCAGAGCAUAUGCGCCAUUUGGAAUAUCUAAUAAUUUUUUAUGGAAAAAGAGAAACUGAUAGAUGCUGUGAAGAAUAGUAUGAAGCAGAAAAAAUAAGGAUGCAGAUUUUAUGGUUAGGUAUUAAGAUUGCAGUGAAUAUUAUAAUGUUAUAACAGUCGUGUUUUUAUUACCAGACUUGAGUAGAGGGUACUCAUCUGUACAUUUUUUUUUUUUCUUUUAUGUAUUUAUUUAUUUUAUUUAUAUAUAUUUAUUUGACAUCAUGAGAGAUGAUUUAAUUUUGCAGCAUUGACAAUGAACAAUUAGGACAUCAUUUCUGUUGCCUGUUAUGUAUUGAAUGUACUUAUUGACUAAAAUAUUGAGAAUAUACGUUACUUAAGUAGAACCAAACAGAAGUACUGAGAGCCUAAAACAUUGUUGACUUUAAAGCGAAUUGUAAUGAUCACAAUUUAUGUUACGUGAUGUUUUAAGCUAUACUGUUUCGUCCAAUAUGUGUGUCUAGAUGAACCUAGGCAAUAGGUUUGUGAAAAGCGCACAUACUUUAUGGAAUGAGGGACAUUCUACUCAGAAAGCCUGUAUGAAUAGAGCAUACAGUAUUACUUUAGUACUAAUAUCAGUUAUUCAGACUGGUACAGUUUAAAUAGCAAGAAUUGUCAUACUUAGCUGAGGACAUAAAACAGUUUGGAGAAAUAAUUUUAUGAACAUUAGUAUUUAUGCUAGAAAUCCACAUACAGAGACUAUUUUCAUCAGAUUGCACUGUGAAAUGUAUUUAUUUGUAAAUAUUUUUGUUGUAGAGUUUGUUUAAACUUCAAGCUGAAAUUGGUGUACAUAACAUUAUUUAGAUGAUCACUGUCCAUACGCAAAAGAGAGAAUGUCAUAUAUUUAUCCUAGAGUUGAAUCAGAUGGAGACCAGGUCCUUCCAAAAUCUGCCGACUCUGCAUGCAACAAGUGCCCAUCUGUCUCAUCUGUUCCUGAUUAUUUUAGAAUAUCAGUAUAUCAUAAAAGUGAAAGAUUAGAAUAGUAAGAAUAGCCAAAACUGUCAAAUUAUUUUUUGUGAUAAUGACUAUUAAAAAAGAUGUACAAGU